AUGACUCGAAGUGAACAAAGUACUGUGAUUCGAAUUGCACCGUAUCACUACGUUCACGUGUUAAACUUGAACACCAAUGUGACGCGCCUUGUUCUUGGUCCGCGCACCUUUGUGUGCAUGCAGGACGAAAAAGUUGUCGUUGGUCCUGAAAAAAUGAUUAGCAUAUCUCCAACACAGUAUUGUGUGAUAGCCAAUCCGGUUGUAAAAGGACCCUCUGGUGAACCUAUCCUGGAUCCUAGUGGCCAAGUAAAACUAAAAGUUGGCGAUAAAAUGUAUCGCUUUCAUCAAGAACCUUUCCCAUUAUACCCCGGUGAAAAACUCGAGGGUGAUGUGGAGACGUUGCCGAUUGUAUCACCAAAUACGGCUUUGAGGCUGAGGGCUCUGUUGGACUUCACGGAUACGGAUGGACAAGAACGCACAGUCGGUGAAGAGUGGCUUUUUGAGGGUCCUGCAACCUUCUAUCCGCGAAAGGAAGUGGAGAUUUUGAGAAUCGAAACAGCCACUGUCAUUGAACCAAAUACCGCAUUGUUGAUUCGGGCCACCAAAGAUUGCAUCGAUCGAUCUGGUAAACCGAGGGUUUUCGGAGAAAUGUGGCUCAUUCGAACGCCAGGGAUCUACCUUCCCGGAGCAUAUGAAACUGUCGUCGAGCAUCGUUCUGCAUUCAACAUCACAGACAAGGUUGCUUUACACCUGAGAGCUACAGAGGCCCACGUUGACGAGUUCGGUCGCACUCAUCGUCGAGGUGAUGAAUGGCUAAUCACAUCCGAGGAUACGGACAGUUACAUUUGCAGCGUGCACGAAGAGGUGGUUGGACCGGUAGAGAUAACCGUUCUCAACUCGCACCAGUUCUGUGUUAUUAUGAACCCAGUGGACGACACAGGUGUACCUCAGCUAGGUGGGAAGAAGCUUGUCCAGGGAGAGAAGUCAUUUUUUUUGAAACCCGGAGAGAGUCUACGAAGUGGUGUUGAGGAUUCUUUUAUUCUGCAACACGACGAGGGCUUGAUCUUACGGGCUGAGGAGCGCUUUGUGGACGAAGUUUUGGUCGAAGUGCCUCCCGCGGGUGAUAGCGGAGAACCAACUUUCAAGAAACAAUCCAUCGUCCGCAGACCUGGGGAUCAGUGGAUAAUUCGUGGCCCAUUGGAAUAUGUACCUCCGAUUCAAGUCGAAAUAAUUCACCGACGCAAGGCGAUACCACUUGAUCGCAAUGAGGGUAUUUACGUGCGAAAUACGCGAACCGGUCAAGUUCGUGCUGUAAUUGGUGAGGCCUAUAUGCUUAAUCAUGAAGAGGAACUUUGGCGCAAACGAAUGCCUCCUGACGUGAUUCAGAUGCUUUCAGAAAACAAAGAUCCAUUAGGCGAUCGUGGGACUUAUGCAACAAAGCGUCCCGUCCCGGUCUCUGACGAGCCACUUGAUUUAACUAGGGUCGUCACGUAUCAGGUCCCGCACAACGCUGCCGUGCAGAUCUAUGACUAUCGAGAUAAACGGGCACGAGUGGAGUUCGGACCGACUCUGGUCAUGCUUGGUCCAGAGGAGCAAUUUACCAAACUGAGUUUGAGUGGUGGCAAACCGAAACGACCGAAUAUGAUUCGAAGCUUGUGUCUCUUACUCGGUCCGGAUUUCUGCACUGAUGUGGUCGUUGUGGAGACAGCCGAUCACGCUCGCCUAUCGCUUCAACUGUCUUACAACUGGCAGUUUGCGGUAUCGAAGAACUGCUCACAGGAGGAAGCUGCCAAGCUAUUUGCUGUUCCAGAUUUUGUGGGGGAUGUGUGCAAAGCGAUCGCCUCUCGGGUCCGUGGCACAGUGGCUGCCGUGAAAUUUGACGAUUUUCACAAGAAUUCCGCUCGCAUUAUCCGGAGUUCCGUGUUCGGGUUAGACGAAAACAACAAGGUUCGCGACCGUUUUGUAUUCUCACAGAACAAUCUACAUAUCACGAGUAUUGAUGUUCAGUCUGUGGAACCGGUGGAUCAACGUACUCGAGAUGCUUUACAAAAAUCGGUUCAACUCGCCAUUGAGAUCACAACCAACUCUCAGGAAGCAGCAGCACGGUAUGCUACCUGUUGA